CCUGCCUAAGAGCUCAGGGCCGUGCAUUGGGCGGCAGGAUUUCUGUGAACCGGUGGGCGAGUGGGUGCUGCGCGUCUCCAGUGCCCGGUACCCAGCAUGGCCUUGUGGGCCCGCCGGGCGACUGGCUUGUUCCUCGGGGGCGCCUGGCCUGGCCGCUCUGUGGGCCAGAUGUCCACCCAGGCCGGGCUCCUGAAGCCCUUGGCCAGGGAGAAGGCCGCGUGCCACAGCAAGAUCUCCAUCAUCGGCACUGGCUCGGUGGGCAUGGCCUGUGCCAUCAGCAUCCUGCAGAAGGGCCUGGGGGACCAGCUGGCCUUGGUGGACGCCAACGAGGACCUGGUGCAGGGCGAGACCCUGGACCUGCAGCACGGCAGCCCCUUCGCCAGGAUGCCGCACAUCGUCUCGGGCACCGACUACCUGGUCACUGCCGACUCCAGCCUGGUGAUCAUCACGGCGGGCGCCCGCCAGCGCGAAGGAGAGUCACGCCUGGACCUCGUUAAGCGUAACGUGAGCAUCUUCAGGUCCAUCGUGUCCAGCGUCAUCCAGUACAGCCCCCACUGCAAGGUGCUCGUGGUGUCCAACCCCGUGGACAUCCUGACCUACGUGGCCUGGAAGCUCAGCAACCUGGAGCCCAACCGGGUCCUGGGCAGUGGCUGCAACCUGGACACAGCCCGUUUCCGCGUGCUGCUGGCCCAGCGCCUGGGGGUGCACCCGGAAAGCUGCCACGGCUGGGUGCUGGGCGAGCACGGGGACUCGAGCGUGCCCGUGUGGAGCGGCGUCAACGUGGCGGGCGUCUCCCUUCGCAACCUGAGCGUGCACGACAUCACCAAGGAGGAACCCGAGGCCUGGGGCCGCGUGCACCAGGAGGUGGUGGCCAGCGCCUACCGGAUCAUCCGCAUGAAGGGCUACACCUCGUGGGCCAUUGGCCUGUCUGUCGCCGACCUCACGGAGAGCAUUCUCCGCAACCUGCGCCGCGUGCAUCCUGUCUCUACCCAAGUGAAGGGCCUCUAUGGCAUCACCCAGGACGUGUUCCUCAGCGUCCCCUGCGUCCUGGGGGAGAACGGCGUCACCGAGCAGAUCCUUGUGCCACUCAGCCCCGAGGAGCAGGCAGGGCUGCGGAAAAGUGCAGAGACGCUCUGGGAAAUUCAGAAGCAACUCCGGUUCUGAACCCCGCUGCUCCCGAGGUCUCAGCCAUGAGACUGAGACAGUGGCUUUUGGAAUCAGCUUCAACUCUAAAAGUUGGGAACAAGAAGGAAGGACGAGUGUCAACAAAAGGAAGACCUCAUCCUUCAUCCC